AUAAACACCGAGAACACCAGCUAAAUCUGGAUAAAAUUGUACAAAAUUCUCGCACUUGUUCCGUUAUAAUUAGUGCUUUCUGGAAUAAAUUCUCGAGUCCAUUGUGAGCAUUCAAAAUGCAGCGCGAAGAGAAACAAAUGGACAUGCUGUUGGAAGCUGUCCUCAACCGGCUCAACGACCUUAAGCACUCGAUUGGGGCCAUGAUUCACCGGCUGGAAUCGGAAUACGAAACCAUCAAUAAUUGGCCUACAUUUUUGGACAACUUUGCGCUGAUUUCCAGUCAUCUGACUGGUUUGUCGAAAAUUCUUUCCUCGGAAAUUGGAACACCGCUUCGUAAUCUAACCGUCCUACCGUUGCUGUUGACGCCGGAAAGGGAUGAAGCAUUGCUGCAGCUCACGGAAGGUCGUAUUCCGGUGUUUUCACAUGACUUGGUGCCGGACUAUUUGCGAACGAAACCGGACCCCGGAGCGGAAUCCCGAAUGGCGGCGCACGAAGCUAAAGCUAACAAUCUGCUCUCGGAUACGGCCGCCAAGCAGGUGGCUCAGUACAAUAAGGUCAUUUCGCACGUGUGGGACAUUGUUAGCAAAGCGAAGGAGGAAUGGGAUACGGAAGCCUCUUCGAGACCGGGCAUUCAGCAGACCAGUUCGCUCGCCGAUACGCAAGCGCUGGUAGCGGCUGUGGGCUUGGGCAACGGGUUAACACUUCCAGUGGGACCAGGUGGUGUUCCGAACGCGGGUAUUAUGAUUCCACCGGCUAUCAGACAAGCGUCGCCUAUGAGUGCCGUUUCGCCUGGAGCGGGACCACUCGGGAAGAUGCCCUCCGGAAUUAAGACCAAUAUCAAGUCGGCUAACCAGGUGCAUCCUUAUCGUUGAAUAAAACAAAGUUUAUGUCUAUGUAGA